AUGGCCGGCCUCUUCGCUCUCGGUUCCAACGGAUCUGGUCAACUUGGCAUCGGACACAAGGAGGAUGUUUCCGUUCCCAAGCCCGUCUUAUUCCACUGUACCCCUCCAUCGGCCCCCAUCGUGAAAGUAGCCGCAGGAGGCAACCACACCAUCGUCGUCACAGAGUCGGGCAAAGCCUACUGGAGCGGUGACUCGUCUAAGGGCGCUUGUGGGAUUACCACUAUCGCAACAGCCGACAACGCACAAUUUGAGGAGCUCGUGCUGUCAGACAUAGAAACCCUGGGCCCUAUUGCCCAUGUGGCGUGCACCUGGGACACCUCUACGUUUGUCGUCAAGGAUGCAAAUGAUAGGGCUUCUCUUGUCUACAGUUGCGGGACCGGUGAGCAAGGGCAGCUGGGUUUCAAGGCGCAAGGUAUCGUGGAGCCGACGCUGAUUCCCGACUUCCCUCCGCCUGGGACAGAAAUCGUGCAGCUAGCCGGCGGACUGGCUCAUGUCGUGGCCGUGCUAGACAAUGGCGAGGUUUAUGGUUGGGGGAACGGUAGGAAAGGCCAGCUGGGCCAGUCCGUUGCAUUGGACGACGCAUCGCCGCCGGUCCCAAUUGUGCUCUGCGCUCCAUGCAAAAUUGGAAGUCCUAGUGGGGUGAACUUCAAAGUCUUCAAAGCUGUUUGCGGUCAGUAUUCAACUUGUGUGUUUGGGGAGCCAGGUGAAGGCAAAAUCCAAUUCCUCGGCCCUGAUAAGUGGAACAUGAAAUCUGGUGCAUUGUCUUCAUCGCCAAACCUAAAGACUGUCGGUGGUAGUUGGGGCAGCAUAUAUACAUUAAAGCAAGACGGGACGUUGGUAGCCUGGGGUCGGGAUGAUCACGGUCAGCUACCACCAGCAAAUGUGCCCAAGAUCAAAAACAUCGCCACAGGGAGCGAGCAUGUUGUCGCUCUGACAGAGGACGACGAAGUGAUUGCCUGGGGAUGGGGCGAACAUGGAAAUUGUGGACCGCAGGCUGAUGGCAAGUUCGGGGACGUCAAAGGACGGUGGAAUAUCAUUGCUUCAUCGAAGAAUCUUCCCGAGGGUUCGAGGAUUACAGCUAUUGGAGCUGGUUGUGCGACAAGCUGGAUCUACAUUACAGCAGAAGGAGUACAUCUGUAA